ACGCGCGCAGGGACAUGGUCGGCGUCGCGGACUUCUCCGACGCCGUCGCAGCCGACGCGGCUGAGAAAGUCGCUUUGGCUCUGGUGGGCACGAGCAGCGAGGGGGAGUUCUUCGAGCGGGCGAAAUCGGGCAGUCUUGCGUUCUUCCGAGCGCGCCUCCGCGCGAGGUUCGACGUCCCCGUUGAGGGCGCCGUGCCGUCGCUGAGCGUCGCGCGACGCGCGGCUUUCGCUGGCGCAGAUGGGUUGGGCUUCAUCGUUCGCGCCAGCCCCGUCAACGUCGCGCCCCCUGGCGACGGGGGGCGGCGGCUGGCGCGCGGAAUCCUGGCGAUGGUCGUCGGCGCCAAAGAUCCCGUGGCGGAGCCCGCCGUCGACGGCUUCGACGUUCGCAACUUC